AGGACGCAGCAUCUCCAGUCUCUCCCAGAGCCUCUCAGCAGGCAGCACAAGGAAAAGGCUCCCUCUCUGAGCAAGUGCACGGUUUCUGUGUUCCGUGGCAAGGUGAGCCCCGAGAUCCCUCCAGCAGAGGGGAGUGCAGCCUGUGCAGCAGGAGAAGGGGAGAGCUUGGCAUCUGCACCAUGUCUGGAACAAGAUUCCAUCUUGAACAAGUAUCGGUGAAAAACACCAUGUUCCUUCUCGAGUCUCUUGGAAAAGCAGGCUGAGGUCAGCAGGCUUUCAGAGAGGGAAAUUUGGAAAGAAGCUGCUGCUAGAUGAGAUUAUUGCUAAAGGUUGCAAACGUGUGGGAACUGCUAAGUGGAAGCGGCCAUGUCGCAAGCAACUCACCCACCCACCUUCCUGGUGAACUUCCAGCUCCUGAGCAUUGUGGUGGUGCUGCUCUUCCAUGCAGACGGCAUACAUGCAGAAAGCCCCAGUGAAGUGCCUGCCAAUAAGUCUGAGGUGUGCACAGGCUCGUACAUCUGCAAAAAGGGUGUGAUCUUACCAAUAUGGGAACCCCAAGAUCCCUCAUUUGGUGACAAAAUAGCUCGAGCAACAGUGUAUUUUGUAGCGAUGGUGUACAUGUUCCUGGGAGUAUCCAUCAUAGCUGACCGCUUCAUGUCCUCCAUUGAAGUCAUCACAUCCCAAGAACGGGAAAUAACCAUCAAGAAGCCCAAUGGCGAGACCAGCAAAACCACAGUGAGGAUCUGGAAUGAGACUGUUUCCAACCUCACACUGAUGGCUUUGGGCUCAUCCGCUCCUGAGAUCCUUCUGUCUGUCAUUGAAGUGUGCGGCCAUGGCUUCACAGCGGGGGACCUGGGGCCAAGCACAAUUGUGGGGAGUGCUGCAUUUAAUAUGUUUGUCAUCAUUGCAAUCUGUGUUUAUGUUGUUCCUGACGGAGAAAUAAGGAAGAUCAAGCACUUGCGAGUGUUUUUUGUUACAGCAGCCUGGAGCAUCUUUGCCUACACUUGGCUUUACAUUAUUUUAUCUGUGUCUUCUCCUGGGAUUGUGGAGGUUUGGGAAGGCUUGCUCACCUUCUUCUUCUUCCCAAUCUGUGUAGUGUUUGCCUGGAUAGCUGACAGGAGGCUUUUAUUUUACAAGUACGUCUACAAGAAAUACCGAGCUGGCAAACAGAGAGGCAUGAUCAUUGAGCAUGAGGGUGACCGACCCUCCUCCAAAGCUGAUAUUGAGAUGGACGGAAAGGUUGCUAAUUCUCAUGUGGAGAACUUUUUAGAUGGGACACUGGUGUUGGAGGUAGAUGAAAAAGACCAGGAUGAUGAGGAAGCCAGGAGGGAAAUGGCUCGGAUCCUGAAGGAGCUGAAACAAAAGCACCCUGACAAGGAAAUUGAGCAGCUCAUAGAGUUGGCCAACUACCAGGUCCUAAGCCAGCAGCAGAAGAGCAGGGCUUUCUAUCGCAUCCAGGCCACUCGACUUAUGACAGGAGCCGGCAACAUCCUGAAGAGACAUGCUGCAGACCAGGCCCGCAAAGCUGUCAGCAUGCAUGAGGUCAACAGUGAGGUGGCAGAAAAUGAUCCCAUCAGCAAGCUGUACUUCGAACAGGGUACCUACCAGUGUCUGGAGAACUGUGGCACCGUUGCCCUGACCAUCAUUCGUCGGGGUGGCGAUUUGACCAACACAGUCUAUGUUGACUUCCGGACAGAGGAUGGGACGGCCAACGCCGGCUCUGACUAUGAAUUCACUGAAGGGACAGUGGUCUUCAAGCCCGGAGAGACCCAGAAGGAAAUCCGUGUUGGCAUAAUCGACGAUGACAUAUUUGAGGAGGAUGAGAAUUUUCUGGUCCAUCUCAGCAACGUCCGUGUGAGCACUGAGGCAGAUGAGGGUAUUCUCGAGGCCAGUCGUGUCUCCACACUUGCCUGCCUGGGCUCACCGUCUACUGCCACCGUCACCAUCUUUGACGACGAUCACGCUGGCAUAUUCACCUUUGAGGAACCAGUAACACAUGUCAGUGAGAGUGUGGGAACCAUGGAAGUGAAAGUGUUGCGAACCUCCGGCGCACGAGGAAAUGUUAUUGUGCCCUAUAAAACCAUUGAAGGCUCAGCCAAAGGUGGAGGAGAAGACUUUGAAGACACUUGUGGGGAGCUGGAGUUCCAGAACGAUGAGAUAGUCAAAACGAUAUCAAUCAAGGUGAUAGAUGAUGAGGAGUAUGAGAAAAACAAGACCUUCUACCUAGAGAUCGGGGAGCCCCGGCUGGUGGAGAUGAGUGAGAAGAAAGCGCUGUUGUUGAAUGAGCUUGGUGGCUUCACAAUCACAGGGAAACUCUGGAAGGGCAAACCUGUCUUCAGGAAGGUACAGGCUAGAGAGCGUCCUCUUCCUUGCACCGUGGUCACCAUCCGAGAGGAGAACGAAGAGAAGCAGCCACUGACCAGCAAGGAGGAGGAAGAACGUAGAAUCGCAGAGAUGGGGCGCCCUGUCCUGGGGGAGCACACCAAGCUUGAAGUCAUCAUUGAGGAAUCCUAUGAGUUCAAGAACACGGUGGACAAGCUCAUUAAGAAGACAAACCUGGCCUUGGUGGUUGGCACAAACAGCUGGAGAGAGCAGUUUAUUGAGGCUAUUACCGUCAGCGCGGGGGAAGACGACGAUGACGAUGAAUGUGGGGAGGAGAAGCUGCCCUCCUGCUUUGACUACGUGAUGCACUUUCUGACCGUCUUCUGGAAGGUCCUUUUUGCCUUCGUACCCCCGACAGACUACUGGAACGGCUGGGCCUGCUUCGUUGUCUCCAUCCUCAUGAUUGGCAUCCUGACAGCAUUCAUUGGUGACCUGGCGUCCCACUUCGGCUGCACCAUCGGCUUGAAGGACUCCGUCACUGCAGUCGUGUUUGUGGCGCUGGGGACAUCAGUGCCAGACACGUUUGCCAGUAAGGUGGCAGCCACGCAGGACCAGUACGCAGAUGCCUCCAUCGGGAACGUCACCGGGAGCAAUGCCGUGAACGUUUUCUUGGGCAUCGGAGUGGCUUGGUCCAUCGCGGCCAUCUACCACGCGGCACAUGGACAGUCCUUUGAAGUCUCACCUGGCACUCUGGCCUUCUCCGUCACUCUCUUCACCAUUUUUGCUUUUAUCAGUGUGGGCGUGCUGCUCUAUCGGAGGAGACCCGAAAUCGGAGGUGAGCUAGGCGGGCCGCGGACUUCCAAGCUGCUCACAUCCUCACUCUUUAUCCUCCUCUGGCUCUUGUACAUAUUCUUCUCAUCUCUGGAAGCCUACUGCCACAUAAAAGGCUUCUAAAGGAACAAUCGGAGAUAGUAAAUAUAUGUAUAUCUAUAUGUAUCUAUAUAGAGCAAUAUAUAGGUAUAGAUAUAGAUAUAACGCUGUGUAUAAUGAACAGAGAAAGAAUAAAAGAGAUUUGCCAUGUUCACACACCUGCUGAUGGAAAGCGGCUUUGGAGCGUCCUUUGAACUAGGCAGGACCCCAAAGUCGGCUGGACCCCUCCUCGGGGGUCCCUUCUUUGCAACUCUACCAGUGAGAGCAGCCGGCAGUCCCUGAGCCCUUUCCUAUCGCUCCCACUGACUCCGGGAGGAUGGAUGCGAAGGCAACUGGGCGAGUCGGCACAGGGAAGGCCGAGUGGCUGGCUAGAAGUGGAGCCAGUGGGCAAGGAAAGGAGAGCAAGGGUCCCGACCUCCGACCAUCCUCCGUCUGCCUUCGCCUCUUGGGAACGUCUCUUCCGGCCCUAUUGGAAAGAAGCGAGAGACCAGACUGAAGACAAGGGGAAACUGGGAGCCUUCUAAGGAUAGAACACAACCAUUUCCAUCAUUUGAUUUUUUUUUCUUUCAUUUUGAUGUGUGUACAAUUAGCAUUCCUCCCUUUCUCCCCGCUCCAUUUUCCCCUUUCCCCCUGUUCUCCGUGCUUUGGGGACGCAGCCACAUGUCUGGUGUCCUGAGCUGAGGUCCCACCUCAUCCCUCCCUGGGCAUGCUGUCAUGGUACUAGUAACAUUUGCAUGAACGAAACGACCCCUAUCUGUAUAUAACAUCCUAUAGCGAUAGUCCUUCCAGCCGUGUGGGUUGAGCAUUGCUGAUACAAGUGUUUUCUUUUCACCUGGUUUUAUUUAUUAUAGUUAGUUGAGUUUCUCCCAUAGGUUUGGGGUUUUUUGUUGUUGUUGUUCUUCGGUUGUUUGUUUCCUCUUCACAGGGAGUGACAGGAGGGAAAGCUUUCCCCACUCCCUGCUCCGUGCAUGUGUCCCCAAGAAGCAAUAACAGCCACGCGGACAUAGGUUUUCUGUGUUCUUGGAGGCCAACUGGCAGCCCUCGUUUCAGGACCUGUCCUUGGGGCUGCUCCUUCCCCACAGCCAUUUGGAGGCAGAAUAAUUCAGCACAAGGGCUGUAAGGAGUUCUCCUCGUGUGCCACGUCGGGGCGCAGCCCUGGCACAGUGGUGAGGGGGUGGUGAGCAGGGUAGCAGGGAGGAGGCAGAGCAAGGGAUGUGUCCGGCACCAAGCGAGCAUGUCCCUUCUGAAACCAAUGGAAGGGGCACAACAGGGCCACUUCAGGAUGCCUACAGUGUCUGAGGGAUGUCCCCUACCCGUGCUUCCCACCAGCCAUACCAGUGGCCCAGACAGGCAAUCCCCAGCAUGCGCAUCCACCGGUGAGCUCCUCCGACCUGGCUGGAACGCACCUCUGCACCAUUACCCUUGGGCUGGGGUGUCUGUAUCCAUUGUGAACAAUCUGCAGGAACUUCGAUGAACCUCUUGUAAGAGUUUCUCCAGGAGUCUGAAGAUAUUUUUCCUUGUCAAUUCUCUUCUCAGUUUUGAGGGGUUAUUGUGGUUUUCCUUUUGGCUUUUCGUUUGUUUUAAGGGGAGAAUUGAACACAGAUGCAGGUUGUUCAGGUGUGUGAUUACCUUUAUGUACAAUGACUUCAUUUUCAUUUGUUUGCCUUCGUUGAUUUUUCAUUGUGUGUAUUGCCCACCACUAUAGGCAGUGAGUCCACUAAUUGUGAUGAUCCUUAUCAAUGGUACACAAUGCACAGACAAAUAAAGUUUGCAAUGAUUCCUCAUGGACCCAGUAGUGCUCCUGCAUAUUCUCUAUGGAGAACCCUCCCCUUCCCCCUUGUUGUCUCCCUGUACGUGGCACCCACCUCUUAUUUCUUCAUCGCUUUGCCUUCGUUGUGUUUCUGCUGCCAACAAGGGCACCAGGGCCCCCACAUGCCCGCUCCUGCCCCGUGGGAGAGGAUCGAACGCUGUCACCGAGCCUGGCCCUCUCCCAAGGCUGCUUUGUGCCACCCGAUCUGCCCGCGAGCACUCAGCACCCCCCAGGACGAGCACAGGUCGAGCAUCAGCAUCACUAAGCCAAGCGCAGUCGCUCACAUCCACGUGCUUUCCCCGGGCACUGAACAGUCUGAGCGGAGCAGCUCUCCUGACCCAGUAAUUACAUCUACUGAAAGGUGAUGCUGGUGUUUCACUCUCAUCAUCCUUCACUUCUCCGCAAUGAACUGCACUCACUGAAGUAAUUAGCAAGUCAAAUGGGACUUGUGCAGCAGCCUGCUUUAACAGGCAGUAAAUAACUUUUCUGCUCAAAGAGCCUUCCAGCGGGGAUGAUGGAGCACUGCUUGCUUAGGACACGGCCUAAAUCACACAGUUAACGCCAGCCUUGUUUAUGCUAUUACUCUCCGCCAGCCGCAUGCUUUUGGCACCCGUAACGAGCUCGUGCAAAACACGAUGCCUCUUUGCCCAGCAAACCGCACUCCUCGAGACACACGGGCUCCGGAUGCCCCCAGUUUUGGGGUUGAUUUUCUCCCUGUGUUCAUCACUUCCUACAAGGACAAGAGGGCAGGGGAGGGCUGGAGACCCUUUCCGAUAGACACGUGCCUCAACUAUGCCAAGCAACUGGAUGUGGUCUGUGAAUUCAGUGUGCUAUUUAUUUCUGCUGCGUGCCAGGAGGAGAGGACUGGAGCAUGUGUGUUAUUGUUAGGGUUAUUUUUAAACGCUUGGGUAUGAAGCGAGAGCGGCGGUACUGGGGGUUAUGUAUGUGCCUAGGGAGGAGGACUGAACACCUUACCAGCCCAAAAGUGCCGGUGUGCCAGAGGCAGAAAGAAGAGGGAAGGCUUCGUGCUGGAGGGAAUAAUUCUGGGAGAAGUCUCUGCAGGAUUUUUCCAUAGGCUUUGGCACCUGCGCCCAUCCCGGGCAGCACAUUUGCAGAGUGCCAGGAGCCUCCCCAGCCUCGCAAGAUGCCCAACCACACACGCACACUCAGCUGCAGGAAAGCCUGUUUAUCUUGUAAAAACUUGACUUGUGCAGGAAAGCAUCCAGAGGCCUCUGUAUUCCUGCAAAAUGCGCCGAGGGACAAUAAAUACGGCCAGAUUCCUCACCUUUUAAGGACUUGAGACUUCCCUCUUUUGGAAGCGGAGGUGCCAAGCUCGUCGCCAGCGCUGGCAUGAAGGGAUGGGAACGCUGCCGACGCAGGCACUGCCGGCUGGAUGUCCAGCACGGGGACAGGGGCAGCACCACGGUGUCCCCCCACUGCUGGAAACCCCCUUGAGCGGCUGCCAAAGCACGUGUCCCCAACCCGAAUGCUGUGACUGUGAGCUGGAUGCACCUGAUGGCUGGGAUGCAGUUACAGCGAUGCCCCCCAGCAUCUUGGGCGCGAGGCCAGGCAAGCGAUGGCCACCGUGCAUGUUUCCAGGUGGCAGAGGAGAAGGCGGGCACACUGAACCCUUCCUGCUCGCUUUUACCGCCCCUCGCUCAUGGGGUGUUGGAAGUUCCAGUGUUUCUGCUGAAUUUCCAUGUCAUCGAGGCCCACGGAUGCUGUCGUUCCCCCCUCCUAAGCACGUCAGAGCAAACUGAACACUGUAACUGGGCGCUCGAGGUCCACUUCACCUCUUUCAGCUCAAAAAAGCUCCUGUUCUCAGCACUAAAUGUACUAAAAAUCACCCACUUGCUCCACAUAACAGUGGGCAGAGCUCAAUUAAGGCCCAGUCCUGCUGCGUGGUGAUAACACGAGGCUGUUCAAAGCAGGUAGGAGACAACGUCCUUGCUGGGAGACCUCCAGAUGCAGCAACUGCUGGUACUGACCCACCCUUAGAGCUCCUGGACCCUCACAGGACAUGCGGGACACUCACAGGCCUCUCCCUUGGCCUCUCUGUGGAGGCUGGAUUUAUUUCCUCUGUUUGAUGCCCAACUCAGAGCCUGUCCCAGGCCGGUCUGGGGGUGAAACCAGCUUUCACAGGCUGCUGGCUCUGUGGUGGUCUGGUCUUGCUGAGCAGUGAGAGCUGCCCUGAGCAAAAAGACAAGCCAGCACCUCCCAUAUCCUCACCUACCUGUUCCACGUGGCUUCCCUCCUCUUCCCAAGUCAAUGUGUAUUUGUUCCCCAAUGGCCACCCUCCUCACAAGGCUCCUCCAGCUCCUGCUCUGCACAGAGCACUAAGCCCAUGGUGCCCCAUGGCAGGAGGCUGGGCUCUGCUGAAAACCCAGCUCUUCAGGCUGCCCGAGAAGGCCGCAGCUCAGCAGCGUGGCCAUAUGGGACUCAUUAUGGAUGGAGAGAAGACAGCAGGGAGCCCUCCUCCGAGCUCCAGCCUGAUGCUGGGACGAGCAGCCAGACGGUGGUGAAGCCACCUCAGGAACAGAGCUCUUGCAGCCUCAUUGGAGGCUUCCAUCAGCGAGGCAGAACCCCAGUGGGGCAGGAGGGAGAGCCCAGCAGCACUGCUCAGCCCUCCGAGCCCCGGUGGGCGCACCACGCUUGGCAGCCCCCACCUCAAGCCUCCCCAUCUCUUCUCUGGCGCGGUUCCUUGUCAGCUCACACAAUGCAGCUACACUAUUUGAAAAGCCAUACUAUUUGUUGGUACGACUCUUUUCGGACUGUCGAUUUAUAUAUAUUUGUUGAUAAAAGAGGUCAUCUUGGGAGACGCUCGUAGUCUACUGGGGAAUGAUCACCCAGUGCUGUAUAUUCUGUACAUGCUGUAUAAACAAAGCAAAGUAUUUAAGCCUAAAUGUUUGCGGGGAGAGGGGAGGCCAGCACCGGGCAACCUGGCAUCCCCUGGGGUGAGUGUGGACACGGGGACGGGACCCGGCCCAAUAACGGGGCAGUGCACCCGCAGAUGCGAGGCCACAUCCGAAGCCAUGGUGACGCCACACAUCCCGUCCCACCAGAGCCCGACCGUCCCACGCACGGUCACUGAGCCUGCCCCGUCCUUUCCGUGUCGUUCGAAACCAUCGGGGACAGUCGUGGCAGCCUCGAGACGUUGUGCUGAGCUCAUCUAUUUUUAUAUCUGUGGUGUUCCCCAGUUCAUAGAGAGUAGUGAACAAGUACCCCUAUAGCUGAAAGUGACAUGUUCAAAAUAAACGUACGACUGCAGAAAUUGUUUGUAAUAAUAAUUUAUUUGAAAUAUUCUGCCAAAGAUAGCUCUCUUAAUGGUCUGUAAGCGUCGUUUCUCUCUCUUUGCUCUGAAUGUCAUUGUGAAAGCACCUUUCUCCCUGCUCUCUUCGGAAGAUUUGCUUUUGUUUUGGUAUGUUUAAGGGCAACAAAAAAGGCCCAUGUUUUGGUUUUGGUUUUGUUUUUAAGCAGAGCGGCAUGGUGAGGAGCAGAGGGACGCAGGGGGGCUCAGGGGGAUGCAGGAUGGCUUCUCAUCGCUCGGGUGAUGGAUGGGACACAGCAAAGGGGAGGAGAUGUGGGCACGCGCCCCCUCCCCAGGUGUGAGCGCCCAUGGGAUGAGCUGGGCCUCCCAAAGCCACCCCCGAGGGAUCACGCCCAUAUGGCCCUGCAGCCCCACCUGCAAUGCCUCACGUCAGGGCCGGGUCUGGUGGGUGUGGGUUUAACCAGGGGUGAAGCUGCCCAGAUCCAUCCGCUCCGAAAUUAGAGAUUUCUUUAUUUUUCAUGCUGGGAAAAAAACAAAACAAAACAAGAGUCUCAUUUCCCUUCCUCAUAGUUUUCGCUUGAAAGAGCUUUUUAAUGCUAGAAAAACACCUCCCGUCAUCAUUUGUGAUCCUUCCACCCGUUGCACCAGGAGCCCAUCCCUAUCCGUACCCAUCAGACCCCACCUUGCCGGAGAUGCGUAUGGCAGAGGGGUUGGGUUGGAUGGGUCGCCGGGUCGGGUAGUUCGUGUUUUGCUUCUGAGCAGAGUCAUGAACCUUCUUAAUGGUAAAAAGGCAGAGGAACGGAUCGGUGACAAAGAAAGGGGUCGGGAACGGCUCCUCAUGCACCUGUGAUGGAGAGGAGGCGGCGGUGUGGGGCGCAGGGGGUGAGGCGGGGAUGUGGGGUGCGUGGGAUGGAGCCCCCGGCAGUGUCUGCAGCCACGGCGUCACGGGGACGGGCGGCAGCUGGGAGAAGAACUGGGUUUCUGAGCACUGUGCAUUUUGUUAAUUAGGAAAUUCAAAUAGUUUUAUUUUUUACCAAAAAAAGAAAAAAAAAAAAAAAAGCCAACGAACAGAUAAAUCUUUAUUCCGGUAAAGACAACUGUUGACUUGAGAUAUAUAUAUAUAUAUAUAAAUAUAUAUAUAUAAAGCAUAUAUAUAUAUAUGUUAUUUGGAUGGUUUAUAUGCUACAUAACAUGGAAGCGUUGCGAGGUGUGUCGCCCCGAUGUACAAAAUAAAUGACUUUUCCCUGCAUGCUGCCUGGGUAUGUUGUGACUUGAAUUAAGAACUGCCUUAUGCAGAGGUUGUAUGUUACCCGCCCGGGGAAUGGCCUGGCACUGUCCAUCACAUCCCACGUGUAUUGGUGCUGUGUUGUGUCCGGUUCCGACGAGCUGUCCGUCAUCCGUGUGCUUCGUGGGAGAGCUUUAUCUUGUUAAGCCGUGCUCUGUAAACCUCUCAUUGCCUGAAGUAGCCCAGAGUUGUACAAAUCAGUGUCUUCAGCCGUUUUCCUAAUUUUAUCACAUUUCCUAACACGAAAUAUAGAUGUUUGUAAAUUCU